CUUGGACAGCACAGAUACAGAAAAUAAUUUUAAAAUUCACAUAAAAUAGAAAAAGAAAAGGGGGAAGUGCAUUUUGAAGUUAGGGUUCUGGGUUUAAGCUUUAUUUCAGCUAAGAUCAAUUGCUGGUAAGAACUCUAUAACCCACCUCUCUUUGAUUUUGCUUAUAUUAUCUAGACACACACAACACAUCCAUAAUGAUAUUUCGCCACUUCUUGUUAUCUAAAAAUCUUAAACAGACCAAAUUCAUCUUUAACAAUUUUCGCCCACUUGAAGAAAAUCUCAGAUUGAAUUUUACUCAUGCCAAUUUAUUCGGUGACCAUUUAGUAAAGUUUCGAUUUUUAUGUGGUGGGUUGAGUGUAAAUAAUGUCAGAACUUACUGUUCUGGCAAGGAUGGUGAAGGGUCUAAUGAAUGGACUGAGGAUAUUGAUUAUUUGGAUGAAUCAGGGAAGUUUCUUUAUAGGGGUAAGGGGAUUAGGUCUGUUGAGCCUGGAAUUGAUGACCAUGUGAUGGUGGGAGGGGUGAAGAGGCCGUUUUUGAAUGCUUCGGCGGUUGCGAAAAUUGUGGAGAUUGUGAAGAGGUGGAGAUGGGGGCCUGAUAUGGAGACCCAAUUGGAUAAGUUGCAGUUUGUGCCGAAUAUGGUUCAUGUUACGCAGGCGUUGAAGGUUGUGGGAGAUGGGGAGGCUUCUUUGAGUUUGUUUAGGUGGGCGAAGAGGCAGACUUGGUAUGCGCCGAGUGAUGAAUGUUAUGCUACUUUGUUUGAUACGUUGAAUGGGAGUAGGGAUUUUGAUGGGAUUCAGGCGAUGUUUGAUGAGUUGAUUCUUGAUUCGGAGAAGAGUGGGAUAUCUUCUACGUUUAGUUCGUAUAAUAAGGUUAUUCAGUAUUUAGCUAAAGCUGAGAAAUUGGAGGUGUCUUUUUGUUGUUAUAAGAAGAUUCAGGAGUCUAAUUGUAAAAUCGACACUCAAACAUAUAAUUGUCUUAUAACGUUGUUUCUUAACAAGGGUCUGCCUUAUAAAGCAUUUGAGAUAUACGAAAGCAUGGAAUUAGCUGGAUGCUCUUUAGAUGGAUCGACCUAUGAGUUGAUGAUACCAAGCCUGGCCAAAUCAGGGCGUUUAGAUGCUGCAUCCAAGCUCUUCCAGGAGAUGAAAGCGAAAGGCCUGCGUCCUGGAUAUGCAAUAUUUGCUGCACUUGUCGAUUCGAUGGGUAAAGCUGGGAGGUUGGAUACGUCAAUGAAGGUGUACAUGGAAAUGCAAGGGUUUGGGCUCAGGCCAUCCGCAACCAUGUUUGUUUCGUUAAUCGAUUCAUUUGUUAAAGCUGGGAAGUUAGAGACAGCUCUCAAACUUUGGGAUGAGAUGAAGAAAGCAGGAUUUCGACCUAAUUAUGGACUUUAUACGAUGAUAGUUGAAUCACAUGCAAAGUCAGGGAAGCUUGAGAUAGCAAUGUCUGUCUUUUCAGAUAUGGAGAAAGCCGGAUUUCUGCCCACUCCAUCUACCUAUUCUUGUCUCUUGGAAAUGCAUGCUGCUACUGGCCAAGUAGAUUUUGCCAUGAAGCUGUAUAAUUCGAUGACUAAUGCUGGUCUAAGACCGGGACUCAGUACUUAUACUUCCUUGUUGACGCUGCUAGCUAAAAAGAAGCUUGUAGAUUUGGCUGCAAAAGUGUUGCUUGAAAUGAAGGCCAUGGGAUAUUCGGUUGAUGUAAGUGCCAGUGAUGUUCUAAUGGUUUAUAUCAAGGAUGCUUCUGUUGAUCUUGCCUUGAGAUGGUUACGUUUCAUGGGUUCGUCUGGUAUAAGGACUAAUAAUUUUAUUGUGAGACAGCUCUUUGAGUCAUGCAUGAAGAGUGGUUUGUAUGAGUCUGCAAGACCUCUCCUUGAAACUUACGUGAAUUCUGCUGCAAAGGUCGAUUUAAUACUUUACACAUCAAUAUUAGCUCAUCUUGUCAGAUGUCAGGAAGAGGACAAUGAGAAGCAUUUGAUGUUGAUCCUCAGUGCUACAAGGCAUAAAGCUCACACGUUCAUGUGCGGACUUUUUACAGGUCCAGAACAGAGGAAGCAGCCAGUUUUAUCUUUUGUGAGAGAGUUUUUCCAGGGUAUUGAUUAUGAAAUGGAAGAGGGAGCUGCAAAGUAUUUCGUUAAUGUUCUCCUUAAUUAUCUUGUUCUAAUGGGACAAAUAAACCGUGCACGCUGUGUGUGGAAAGUUGCCUAUGAGAACAAGCUUUUCCCAAAGGCAAUUGUUUUUGAUCAGCAUAUUGCUUGGUCCCUUGAUGUCAGAAAUUUAUCAGUAGGGGCUGCUCUUAUUGCAGUUGUUCACACUCUUCAUCGCUUCAGGAAGCGGAUGUUAUACUAUGGUGUUGUUCCUCGACGCAUAAAGCUGGUCACAGGACCAACAUUAAAAAUUGUGAUUGCACAAAUGCUUAGCUCGGUUGAAUCACCCUUUGAGGUUAGUAAGGUUGUACUGAGGGCCCCUGGGGAUUCGGUAUUGGAGUGGUUUAAAAAGCCUAUAGUUCAGCAAUUUCUUUUAAAUGAGAUUCCAUCUAGGGCUGAUAUUCUGAUGCACAAACUUAAUACCCUUUUUCCUAGUUCUGCCCCAGAACUUAGAUCUCUAUCACCUCCCAAAGCUCUUAUUUCCGGAAGAGCGGUGUAAACAUAAUGAUUAUAAUGGAUUGUUAUUGUAAGUUGCUGAUUUUCUAGA